AUGGCUAUCAAGGAAGAUUGUAUAAACAAUCUCGCUAGGUGGCAGACAGACGAAGAAGCUCAGAGCUGUUUCCAAUGUAAGGUAAACUUUUCAUUUUUAGUAAGAAGACAUCAUUGUAGAUGCUGUGGAAGAAUAUUUUGUUCUUCCUGUACCGAGAACUUUGUAAAUUAUAAUAAAAAGAAGGUCCAAGUUUUGCAGAAAAAGAAUAGCGAUGCGGAAUCACCUCCAUACAGAACCUGUAACGAGUGCUAUGACAACCUUCUACAUCUAAAUCUUCUGGUAUCUUCUGCCAAUAAAGACCCAAGACUAUCGCAAGUCGCGAACACAAAUACGCCCGCUGCACUGAACGAUGACGAUAACGAAGAUACAGAAAUCAUGGAAGACACGAUAGAUCAAGAUGAGCCAGAAUGUGGAAGCUCUCGAAACGAAGAAGACAAAUUUUGCCCCAUUUGUAAUGCCGAUCUAGCGCAGUUUGCUAAUGAUGAAGAAACGAGAGAACACGUAGAGGAUUGCUUACAAAGAGCUGAAAAUGCUCAACAACAUACAGCGACAUCAGAAGCGGGAAAUGAGACCGCAAAAGAAAGUCCGACAUUCCAAAAUAGAAUGCUAGUCUAUAAGAUACCGCCCAUCACAGCCAAUGAUGAAAACCAUGUCGAAAUUAAGGAAUGUCCCAUCUGUUUUGAAGAAAUGGAGCCUGGCGAAAAAGUUGGGAGACUAGAGUGCCUGUGCGUUUUCCAUUAUAAAUGUAUUAAAAACUGGUUUCAUAAGAAAGCGCAAAUGACCGCAGCUCAAAAGGGGAAUAGCUCUUCUUUUGUUAAACGAAAUUUUUGUCCUUUUCAUGACGCUGUAUUUUAA